AUGGAAGUUGCUAUGUAUAAUGAAGGCAACCCUAUCAUGGAUUGGUUGUGCAACUCUAGGAGUGAAUCUAUGCCGGCACUUGAUGAAUAUGAUUGUAUUGAGCCUGAAUCUCCUAACAACCCUAGCACAUUUCUUGUAGAAGAGUUAGGAAUGAAUGAAGAAGAGUUGGCCACAUUUAAAAGAAGCUUGAUUUUGGCAAAAAAAGGUGGUAAGAAAAGAAAGGUGGUAUCUGAGGAAGAUAUUGGAGACUAUUUUGAAUCAGAUUCUGAUCAACAAGGUAGCCCAACUUAUGCAGAGUCAGGAGACCGCAAUUCUGAUGGUAGUGAAGUCAGUGGUGAUGGUGAUGCUGGUGGUUCUUGUGGCAAUACUGGUGGUGUUGGUCAGCCUAGUCGUGGUGAAGACUCUAAUGGAGGUCAAGCUGAUAAUAAUGUAGUUACAGGUGCUAGAGAUGUGCAACCAGCCCCUCUCCGUCCAAGAUCAAAAAGGCUGAAGAAAGUCUCUGUCAAGGGCCUCUAUGGAAAGUUGGGAUUUGCGACUGUUAAUCCAAUGGACUAUGUGGAAGGGAAGAAGUGA